AUGCAGCAGCAGCAGCAGCUGCGGCGCCCUCAGCAGCAGCAGCAGCAGCAGCAGCAGGUGUUUAGCAGCGGGGAAGCCAAAGACAUGGGGGGGGGCCCCCCCCUGCUGCACCUCCUUUUGGCUGGCGGUGUCACUGUUGCUCUUUUGUGGCUGCUGGAGAGACACCGCAGAGAAGAAGCAGCAGCAGCAGAAGCAGCAGCAGCUGCUGCAGCAGCAGCAGCUGCCUCGCGCUUCAACGGCUUCGGCUGGCUCUGGCCCAGCUGGCCCUUCGGCAGCAGCAGCAGCAGCAGCAGCAGCAGCAUGGAACUCGAGGGGCCCCUAGCUGACCCAUGGGUCUUGUGGGGCCCCGGGGGCCCCCAGUGGGCCCCUGAUUGGGGGCCCCCACUUUUUGACUUUUUCUUUCAGCCGCGGCAGUGGCUGCCUGUGCGAGCGCAGCAGCAGCAGCAGCAGCAGCAGCAGCAGCAGCGGAGCUUCUGGGGCAGCUCUGCUGCUGCUUCCCGCCUGCUGCUGUACACGGCCGGAGCAGUAUUCCUCUCUUGGCGUGUUGCUGCUGCUGCAGCAAACAGCAGCACCUGGGGCAGCAAGCUGCUGCAGCUGCUGCUGCGGCACUUCACCGCCUCCCGCGAGGCCCUCAGGGCUGGCAGGCUGCACACAAUCUUCACGGCCAGUAAGUUAGCAGCAGCAGCAGCAGCAGCAAGUGCAGCAGCAGCAGCAGCAACUGCUGCAGAAGCAGCAACUGCAGCAGAAGCUGCAGCAGCAGCAGCAGCAGCAGAAGCAGCCACUCACUUGGUGCCUCUUUGCACAGUGCCUUUUCAUUUGCUGUGCUGCCCUCACGCUGUUGGUGUCCGUGCCGCUGCUGCAGCUGCUGUUGCUGCUUCCACUGCUGCUAAUUUGAAUGCUUCACCCGCUGCUGCUGCUGCUGCUGCGCAGGUUUGA